CCAUCGAAGGGUUAAAGGGAAGGACUGACCGCUCCUAGAGAGGCAGAGACUGAGAAAGCCACGUGGCUUUCCAAAGUCACUUCCUGCUCUGCUGUCACAGCUGCAGCCCGGCAGUUGGCUGAUGCUGUUGAGCGGAGGGGAGGCUGGUGGAUUUCCUUUAAACAUAUUAACCAAAUAGGAAACCUUCUUUUCUGUGGCUUUUGGCACAUUUGGGCAGCCUUUACUGAUGCAAGAUCUUUCCAUACAAGAAAUCUGCCUCUCCUCUUGUGGUCUCAGACACCUGGGGCACUCCGGUCCCCCCUUGUUCAGCCACCAAGUUCUCCCAACUCGUCCUCGGGGGUCCUCAGAUCGGCUGUGUGGAUCUUCCGCAGUCUUCUGUGGCAGGGCUGGGGUGACCCGGCUCUUAAGGAGGACUAAGUGGUGUUAUCCUGCUUCUUAUUCCUUCUUCCCACUUCACGACAGCUUUAUAACAGCCAGCUGGCCGGCAGAGGCUGACUGGAGAAGAAAGGAGGAGGAUGGGAGAGCCGGACUCAGCUGGUCCGGAAGCAAGGAAAGGCUGUGGUGCCACAGAUGCUGGGGGCAGAAGGGAACUCCGGGAAGGAAGAGCGCAGAAGAGCCUGGGAGACAAUGACGUCCUCCCUCCAGAUGUGCAGUGUCAGCAAUUCAGGCAGUUCUGCUACCACAGGUCCGAGGGGCCCCGAAAGGUUUGCAGCCAACUCCACCAUCUUUGUUGCCAGUGGCUGAAGCCAGAAAGGAACAGCAAGAAGGAGCUGCUGGACUUGGUGGUCCUGGAACAGUUCCUGGCCGUCCUGCCCCCAGAGAUGGGGAACUGGGUCAGGGAAUGUGGGGCAGAGACCAGUUCCCAGGCAGUGGCCCUGGCAGAAGGCUUCCUCCUGAGCCAGGCAGAGGACAAGAAUCGGUGGUGGCAGAUGCAGGAAAGGAUCACAGGGGAGCAUUCCCACAGAGCUACUUUUCCAGGUGGUGCUCUACAUUCUUUUGGGGGCAGAGAGACAGCAGCUUUCAUGCAACCUGUUCAGAGUAUGGUGACCUUUGAGGAUGUGUCUGUCCAGUUCUCUGAGGAGGAGUGGGCUCUGCUGGAUCCGGAACAAAGGAGGCUUCACAAGGAAGUCAUGGAGGGAAAUUAUCAGAAUGUGGCCUCUCUGGGAGAAAAAAAUGGGAUAUAAAUCCAAAUGCAAACCCUUCUUCAUUGGGAACGAAAACAGGAGCACUGAUGAAAAUCUGUGUAAAGGAGGUCAGAAGGGAGUUUAUCCAGCAGGGGUGAGUUGGGAUCUUAUUUGAGCAGACUUGGAAACACACAUUUCAAAGAAUAACAAUAAUGAUAAUUGUAUCGUAUAAGCCCUCAUAAUUUCUUUUAGGAAAUUGAAAAACAUUUUUGCAAGGACAUUGCAACCUUCCAUACGAAUCGAGGAAGAUAAGCGUGGAGUGGAGAGGAAAUGAACCGGGAUCCUUCCGCUGUUCUCAUUCUGCUGCGCGAACAUCCUAUAGGACGUUUAUGAAGGCCUAUGAGAUGGCGACGAAAGAGGCGAAGAGAGCUUUCCUCUCCUCUUCUCUCGCAUCUGCUAGCUCCCGCCCGGCACAACUGUUCCGUUUAAUUCGGACUUUGACCUCAUUACCUGCAGGUUCUACAAAUUCCCAAUUGGCUAUUG